AUGCAGAUACUUCAAUGGCUCAUUAAAACUGCCCAAGACCCUCCAAGCCAAACUGGUUUUAAUACCACCACCAAGGAGGAGGAAGCCACAAAGGGUGAACAGAAGGUUAAACCCAAAGAUAUAACAGCAUUGAAGAACUCUGAGGCCAAGAACAGGAAGAGCAGAGGAGAACAAGUAGUAUUGGAUUGCAGCAAACUCAACAUUUGGAAAUUAGUUCGUAAGAAGGACAUUGCCAAGGCUUGUUUCUACGGCACAAUACAUUUGAAGAGAGUUGGAAGUUGUCAAAGGAGGGAAUACUUUGUUAAAAACAUGAAGAUGAAGAAAGAAGACCUUGCCAGAGGAUUAGGCAUGAUCAGUAGUCACAAGGCUGAGAGUAAAGUUUUGCCAAUUACUGAUCAGCAAAACAGUACUACUCCUCCUCCAUCUUCUUCUUCUUCUCCCACAAGUAAAGAAACUGAUCAACAAAAACAAUGUAGUACUUCUUCUACUACUACCAAUACAGUAGAAAAGAAGGAAAAAAUCAAGGGCGAUAAAGCGAAAACCAUUUCGAAAAUGAAGGAGCUUUUGAGAUGGGCUGCUGCUACUAAGGCUGAGAAGGGUGGAAGAUACUUAAGCCGCAAGGUUAUGCAGUUCAGAAACAGGGCAGCCCUGAAAUCAGUCCCGGAUGAUGAUCAAUUAAGCAACGAUUCACCCAAGAUUAGCUUUAGAUGGGAAGUGGAGAGUUGCUCCACAAUUUCUUCGUCAUACUCUGCAAUCUCCUCGAUUGCUUCGUCUUCUAUGAACUUCGAUCAAAGAUCAAUGAGCCAUCUUCAGGCUUCUGUAAGUUCAACUCCAAUCCAUGAUGCAGAUUUUUCCAUCGUGAGGCCUGGAAAUUGGAUCACCACGGAUUCUGAAUGGUUUCCCGGCAGUCGCAUCCUCUACCUCUCUCCCUCCCUUGGCAGCUUGGCUUAUCCGAUGGAUAGAAUUUUAAACAAAAUUUCUUCUUGUAGGAGUGUGGAAUUGGCAUUCAAGACCUGGAAGAAGGAUAUGUCUUCCGGUCCCUCUGCUGCCAGCGCGAAUCAACAUCAUCUGCCCGAUGAUGUUAUCUUUGAAAUCCUUCUCCUGCUGUCACCAAAAGCUUUGGCAAUCUCCAUGUGUGUUUCAAAGAAAUGGCGAUCUUUGAUUUCAGACCCCAAUUUCAUCAAAUCCCACCCCAAUAUAGCUUCUUGUUCUGAGGAGAGGCAGAGCUUGAUUAUUACUUUGCGGGAUCCAUACUCUAAUCCCACAACUUCGAUCCUAUGCAGGCCACUCAACUCUACUUGGCAGGCCGAUCCCGGUGUUUCCCAGAUCCCGGUAUCCACAAUCGACAACAGAGUACUCCAGAAUAAAACAUUUCAGUUCUGGGGAAGUUGCAAUGGUUUGGUAUGUGUUGAGACUAGGAAUCAAGAAGACCUCUACCUUUGGAAUCCCGUAUCAAACAGGUUUCGGGCAUUGCCUUCUAUAGGAAUUAAAACGACGAAGAGCGACAACAAUUCAGCAUCAAUUCUGUAUGGUAUAGGAUACGAUGAAUCAGAGGAUGAUCACAAGGCUGCUUGUGGUUGUUUUGUUGGCUUAAUCCCACUGUUGCCCCAAAGAGGUGUUUUUGCAAGAGGCAAAUCGCAUUGGAUUGCCAAGGAGGAGGAAGAAGGGAAUAGUGGGUGGAAACUGGAAAGUGGCUCCAUAUCGCUUGUCUACACCAAAGAGGCAGAAAUCUGGAUCUUAGACAAGGAUGACGAGUGGGUGAAGUUAUUGACAAUAGAAUCCUUAAAAGAUCGCGGUUGUUUUCAGCCGAUUUGCAUUUUUGGGAAUGGGGAAGUGCUCCUCGAGUACAGUUCUGAUAUCAUGCUGUAUAAUCCAAUGCUGAAUGGUAUGAAAUGCGCUUACUUUUCCCUGGGGCGUUGA